AUGGCAACAAUAAAUUCAUGGCUUCUAUUCUCAGUAACGUUGUUCUUUUUUAUCCUCCUCGCUUUCUUUGCACAUAACCGUCACGACAUACCUCUCCUUUUACCUGCCAUAAACGUUUUACCAUCCGAGGAACAUCUCAAAACUCUCGACGCUGCAAAGGAACAACAUAGUACUCUUCCAUUCACGUCUUUGUUGCAGGAUGCUAAUGCUACCAUUGUCAAAACAAAACUUCUUCAUGCUAAAAAGAAGAAGAGGAAUUGGAAUAACAGUUUAGUGAGAAUUGAAGAAGACUUGGCUAAAGCAAGAGCAGCUAUUCGUAGAGCGAUACAGAGGAGAAACUUCACAUCAGAAAAAGAAGAGAUUUUUGUUCCCAGAGGAAGCAUUUACAGAAACGCUUAUGCUUUUCAUCAAAGUCACAUAGAGAUGGUGAAGAGAUUCAAAGUGUGGGCUUACAGAGAAGGUGAGACACCCUUGGUACAUGUAGGGCCCAUGAGUUCGAUUUACGGCAUCGAGGGGCACGUAAUAGCUGAAAUGGAGAACACAGCAGGCCCAUUCGCGGCCCGCCAUCCAGACGAGGCCCAUGUGUUCAUGCUACCCGUCAGUGUGACCCAAAUCGUGCGGUACCUAUACAACCCUCUCACCACCUACUCUCGAGAUGAAUUGAUGCGAGUCACCAUUGAUUAUACCAACAUCAUAGCCACCAGGUACCCAUACUGGAACAGGACCACUGGAGCAGACCAUUUCCUAGCCUCUUGUCAUGACUGGGCACCAGAUAUUUCACGAGAGAAAUCAGGCAGAGAGGUUUUCAAGAACUUGAUAAGAGUGUUAUGUAAUGCGAAUACGUCUGAAGGAUUUAAGUCUGAGAAAGAUGUGUCAAUGCCUGAAAUGAACUUACAAGGUUAUAAGUUAAGCUCACCAGGUCCUGGUCAUGAUCCUAGUAAUCGUUCUAUACUUGCUUUCUUCGCUGGAGGGGCUCAUGGUAGGAUCAGAGAGAUACUUCUAGAACAUUGGAAAGACAAAGAUGAAGAAGUUCAGGUGCAUGAAUAUCUUCCUCAAGGCAUUGACUAUCACGGUCUGAUGGGACAAAGCAUGUUUUGCUUGUGCCCGAGUGGAUAUGAAGUGGCGAGUCCUCGAAUUGUUGAGUCUAUCAAUGCAGGAUGUGUUCCUGUGAUUGUGUCAGAUUACUAUCAACUUCCAUUUAGUGAUGUUCUUGAUUGGAGUAAAUUUUCGCUGCAUAUUCCAUCAAAAAGGAUUAGUGAAAUCAAGACAAUACUAAAAAGUGUUUCCCAUGCCAAGUACUUGAAAUUGCAGAAAAGAGUGAAGAAAGUUCAAAGACAUUUUGUGUUGAAUCGACCUGCUAAGUCGUUUGAUGUCUUUCAUAUGAUUCUUCAUUCAAUAUGGCUUAGACGACUCAACAUCAAACUACCCAAUUGA